GCAUAUGAUCGGGUCAGCAGCGGGAAGCCGAUCCAGGCCCCGAAAACGAAGCCUCCGAGCGAGGCCGAGUUGGCUGCUGCCGCAGCGGCCGCCAAGGCGGCUGAGGAAGAGGCGAUGCAGCGUGCAGCAGAGGAGGAUCCACUGGCAGGUCCGCCCCGCUCCCCGCGGGCAGCACCUAGCGAGCCCGUGGCAGUUCCGAACCAGCCGAUCGAGGUUUUCGAGCAGAAGAAACGCCAGAACUUCCGGAAGACUCGCGAUCCUACAGCCGAAGAUCCGAACACAUUGUCGAACUGGCUGGAAGGUCAGAGCUUGACUUCCCAGACCACCGCCACCACAGCCACAACCAAGCGAACACGUUUUUCAGAUCUGAGCAUGACCUCCCUCGCGACGUCGAUCUGUAGCGAGCCUCCGACCACCUUCCAGGUCGAUUUCCGACCACACAAGAGGGCCUUUGCCCUGAACCAGAACGAUUGGAAGCCGGUGAACCAGCAUGAAGCAGGAGCACUCCGGGAUGGACUUCCCAACAUGGGCCUUCCCGAUUGUGAGCGCCUACAGACCACCUUCGAGGACCAGUUUGGCUCUGCUGCAGCGACCCGCAGUCAGCACAAGAAGAUGCAUGAGAAGGUUCUCAACAGCGAUCAACACGAGUUUAUCUCGAGGUUCUUGGAGGCCGCACCUCCCCAGCAGCGCGAGCAGUUCUCCGGCAUGGUCCGAUCAUUGGAAUAUUUGCGUCGCGCCAAGACGAGGGAGGACACGAGCACGAGCAACCUCGCGUUUGACCUGCAGGAGAAUGCUCGACUGUGGCGGCCGCCGAAGCAAAGGCCGGUCUUCGAGCCCUGGGAGAUUAACAUCUCCCGGAUCCCGUUGGGUGCCAUGCAGCAAGGCCCUGCCAAGCCGCGCGUCGACAUUGCGGAGCCAUCCUUGCCACCGGUGCCCCCGAGCCCUUCCGUGUCAGGCCUAGGAAGCUUGCCGCUGACCCGCCUUCCCACGCCGCAGGUCCUCUCCGAAUGUGGAUCAGCUUGA